AUGGCUCAAUCCGACAACAACUGUAAUUCAAUGGAGUUGGAGAUCGAGGCUGAAGCUGCCGCUCUCCGAGAGAUUCAAAAUGAGAUUGCAGAAAAGAUGGAAAUGCCAACGAAAAUGAUUCCACCAACUGCCGAAGAACAGAAGGAGAUCGAUUCCAGAUCGGUGUUCAUCGGUAACGUAGACUUUGGAUCUUCGAUCGAAGAUAUCGAAGAACACUUCAAAGGAUGCGGUGAAAUCAUUCGAACCACUAUUCCAAAGGACAAGUUCACCAAAAAACAGAAGAAUUUCGCAUACAUCGAGUUUGCUUCUGCUGAGAGCAUCGAAAAUGCUCUCGUGAUGAAUGGAAGUCUGUUCCGUUCUCGCCAAAUCGUCGUCACUGCCAAGAGAACCAAUAAGCCAGGUAUGGGAGCACAGAGAGGAGGCCGUGGACGUGGUGGAUUCCGUGGAGGCAGAGGAGGACAACAGACAGUAGUCGUCAAGUACGUCUACGUCAAUGGAUCAUCUCCAAGAGGACGUGGUGGAUUCAGAGGGCGAUUCAAUCCGUAUUGA